UCGCUCUGAGUGACUACCUCUGCGAGAGUGCCACCUAACUCCGCUUUCACUAGCCGAAGAACAUCCUCCGACUAGCCGAAGACCACCGGCCAUCAUGUCAUCCUCAGUGUUCUACAAGUUCAAGAACUCUCGCGAGCCCGAGCGCAUCGUUUUCGAUGGUACAGGCAUAUCUGUAUUCGAGCUGAAGCGUGAGAUCAUCACGGCAUCCGGCCUAGGCGAUGGAUCUGACUUUGACCUCCACCUCUACCCCGAAGAUCAACCAACCACCGAGUACGAUGACGAUACGACGAUUAUCUCUCGAUCCAGCACUGUUAUCGCUGUCCGCCGACCUGCCGCCCGAGGCCAUGGUCGAGCAGCUCGCUACGUCUCUGGACGCGCACCAGUACGAGCUAUCAAGAAGGCCGAGCCUGCAAAGACUACCACAGCGCCAACAACCACCGGAGGUGCAAUGACUGAGCAAGAUGCUGAGGCUGCUUUCCUUGCAGAAUCCGCACAAGUUUGGGACCAACAAAAGGAGUCUUUGUCGCACGCAAGGCCUAUUUUCCACAAGAAGAAACCCGUUAAUGUUCCGAGUCACGAUCCUCCACCAGGUUACGUUUGCUAUCGUUGCCAAAAGAAGGGUCAUUGGAUCCAACUCUGCCCUACGAACGACGAUCCUGAUUUCAAACCAGCUGCCCGAGCCAAACGUACAACUGGUAUUCCUCGGUCUUUCCUGAAGACGGUCGAAAAGCCAGCGGAUGGCGAUUUGGAGGAUGCCCGGGGUGUCAUGUUGAAUGCGGACGGAGAAUACGUUCAAGUUUUGACUGAUACAAGGACUUGGGAGAAGUUUCAAGAGAAGGCAAAUGCAUCAAAAGCACAAGCUGCGACUGCCGAGGCUGCAAACAAGGAGUUGAGGGAGCGAGGGUUGGAGUGCCCGAUUGACAAGCGGAUGUUUGUCGACCCGGUGAAGACCCCUUGCUGUGGUAAGACAUAUUGUCAUGAUUGCAUUGAGAAUGCACUAGCGGACGGAGAUUUGGUUUGUCCGAACUGUUCUACGGAGGGAGUCCUUAUUGAUGAUCUUGCCACCGACGAGGAAACAGUAGAGAAGAUGCGGGCAUAUGAAGCCGAAAAGGCGAAGGAGAAACUGGAGAAGGAGCAGCAAUCGAAGGAAGAAGCAAAGCAGGCAGCACAACCCACUUCUCCCCCUGGAAAUGAUGAAACCGUUUCUGUCCCUACCCCUACUGAUGCUAAGGUAAAGGCUAGUGAAGCCAACAAGUCUGAUUUGCCAAAGUCGCCUAAACCAGAAAACAGUAGCGUCGCUUCUGAUGCAAAUGUCAAAUCUCCUCACACAGGUGCAAAUGAUCCCGCUGCCUCCGCUCCAACACCAGGGGCUGAGGGAGCUGGUUCCGAUACUGACACUUCUACAACAUCUAAGAAGCGCAAACAGGCGCCGACCGACAUCAUAGCACCAACAGCCCCAAAGGCCAUGCGCAUACAGAAAGAACAGGAAACCCGUCAACAGGAUGACCAGUCCUCGGCACUCGAGAAGGAUUUCCUAGAGUCAAUGGAAGCCCUCAAAAACAUGCCGAAGAACAUGCCAAUGCCCAACAUGUCGAUGAGCAUGGGUGGCCCUAUGAAUCCAAUGAUGGGUAUGAUGAAUCCUGCCAACAUGAAUGGUAUGAAUGUGAACAACAUGAACAUGAACAAUAUGGGCAAUAUGAACCCCAUGGGAAAUAUGAAUGGUUUUGGUAAUAUGAACGGGAUGAAUGGCAACUGGAAUGGUGGCUACAACAAUUUCCAAAACCAAAACAUGUAUGGCAACAUGGGCUUCCAGAACAACAAUAUGAAUGGUGGAUAUGACAAUAUGGGGUAUGGCAACAUGAACGGCAUGCAAGGGAAUAUGCAAGGAAAUAUGCAAGGCUAUGGCGGUUGGAACAACAAUCAAGGCUAUGGAAACAUGGGCUUCGGCAAUCAAAAUCAAUACCAGAAUGGAAACUUUCCGAAUCAACAGCGGAAUAUGUUCUCGGAGCAGCCAAACCAACAGGAUGCAUAUGAACGGAAACCAUUGAACCCGCAUCGCGCACAGAACAAAAAUCGAAAGCAGCGUGCCCCGGAUUUCCACUAUGUCUAGCAAGACAGCCUCGAAAAUGGGGAAUUGCUCCUCGAAUCUGGAGCAACCGUCAAUCCUCGGACCUCACACCUCGACGCACCAUUCACACCAAUACCAACUUCAGCAACCUCGACAUCAACCUUUUCCCUU